AUGAAUAUAAAAAAAUAUUGUUUCUCAAUAUUUGCAUAUGCAUUAUUAUUAGAAGUAUUAUGUGAACUAGGAUUAGAUGAAGUAAAAAAACAUUUUACAUAUGGAUUAAACAUUUAUAAUAAGAAUGAAAAAUUAAAAAAAUAUAUUUUAUCUUAUCCAAACGAAAGAAUAAAUCAUGUAGAUUUGAAAAAUAGAUUGGCUAGUAUAUUAAAACCCAAUAAAUUAAAUAAUCCUAUUAAUUUAGGUUUUUCAAAAAAAGAGAAAUAUCCCGACUCAAAGUAUUUUUCCGUGAACACCACAUUAAAUGACAAAAAUGAUAAUGUUUAUUCAAAAAAAACUAAAAAUUUCGAUAGAACAAAAGAUAUGCACGAUGAUAUCAAAAAUAAAUCAAAAAUUAGUGGUAAUAAAAUGCAUAUAUUAAAUAAAAAUAAUCAUUACAAAUAUAGAAGUAUUACUGAUAAUAACGAUAUUACUAAGAGUGAUGCAAAUAAAGAAAAUAUGUAUGGCAAAAGCCUUUUAGUUACUUAUUUUGAUCCAAACAAUUAUAGAAAUAAUAUAUUAGAUAGUGAUGAUGAUACUAUACCAAAUAAUGACAAUGAUAAUAUAUUAGAUAACAGUGUUGAUUCUUUGGGUAGUGACACCAUUGAUAAUUCUUUAGAUAAUGAUGAUAACACAUUAGGCAAUGUUGUUGAUGACUUAUUUAGUGAUAUAGUUGUUGAUAAUUCUUUAGGCAAUGAUGAAGAUAAUUUAUUUCAAAAAGAUGAUCAUACUAUAUUAGAUAACACUAUUGAUGAUCAGGAUGAAGAUACUGACGAUUCUUAUUUAAUAAGUGAUGAUAAUUACUCAGCAAAAAGAAACGAUGACGAGGAUAAUACAUUAAAUGAAGAUUCUGAUGAAUUAUUAGAUAACGUUGUUGAUGAUCUGGCUAGUGACGCUUUUGAUAAUUCUUUAAGCAAUGAUGAAGAUAAUUUAUUUCAAAAGGAUGAUCAUACUAUAUUAGAUAACACUAUUGAUGAUCAGGAUGAAGAUACUGACGAUUCUUAUUUAAUAAGUGAUGAUAAUUACUCAGCAAAAAAAAACGAUGAUGAGGAUAAUGCAUUACAAGAAGAUUCUGAUAACAUAUUAGAUAGGGAUGUUGAUGAUUUAUCUAAUGAUUCUUUUAAUAUGCCGAUAAUAAAUGGAGAGGAUCAUAAAUUAUAUAAUGUUUUUGACUAUUUGGAUAAUAAUUCUAUUGAUAGCAUAGUAAGUAUUAAAGAUGAAAGUAUGUUAAACAAUGAAGAUGAUCUAUUAAAUAAUGAUUAUGGUACCCAAGUAAAUAGUGAUAUUAAUGAUAUAUCAAAUAAGUAUUACGAUAUUGGCAAUAGUGAUGAUAUUGAUACUUCUAAUGAAAGAUAUGAUAAUACUAUAAGUCAUAGAAAUGAGACAACUACUGAUUAUUCUGAUAAAUUUACUCCAAUAGAUAGAAAUUCUUUUAAUUUCGAUAAUAAUGAGAAAUUAAAUAUUAUAAAAAUAGGCAUAAGUACUAUUGAUACAAACGUAGGCUAUUUAAAUGGAGGAGAGGAUAUAGAUAUUCCUAAUGAAACUAUAAAUAAUGAUAAAAAAAUAAAAAUAAAAAACGUAUUUAAUCCUAAGUCAAAGAUUAAUGAUAUAUCUUCAUUAAAUAACAAAAAUUAUAAUAUUAGUACAAAAAAUAAAAAAAAAAUGAGGAAUAUAUCAUUAAAAGGGAAUAAUAAUAGAAAUGGUGAGGAAGUAUAUCAGCGUUUAAAAGAAAAAAAAAAAUUAAAUGUUUUAAAUGAAAAGAAAAAUGAUGUAUCUAAUUACAUGAGAAAUAAAAAAAUAAAAUACUAUAAAUAUUCUACAUUAAAAGGUGAUGAAAAUGAUAUUACUACAGAAAAUCGCUUUUUGCGAGAACCUAAAAAUUUAAAAGUGCCAGAAGCAUCAAUUUCAAUAGAAUUACCGAAAGAAUUCAGACUCAAAAACAAACCAAAGGUUUUAUCAGGAUCCUCUGAGGAAAACAAGGGAGAGAUAGGUUUCCUAGAAACUAGAACAGAAAACAUUAAUGAUGAUGUGAAUAGUGAACAAAAUGAUGGUAAUGAUGAAAAUAUUAGCACGUCAAAUGAGAAUUCAAACGAGAGUUUUAAUGAAGAUUCAGAUGAAAACAGUAGUGAUACAGAAAAUGACAAUUACAAUGAAAAUGACUUAAUUAUUGAAAAAAUGAAAGAAGACAAAAAUUUAGAUAGUUUUAGUGAUGAAAAUGUUGAAAACAUAUCAACUAGUGAGAACUCUUUAAUUAGGAAAAAGAAGAAUAUAAUAAAAAAUUCUCGUAAAGUAUAUAACUUAAAUUUAUAUAAUUGCUCAUUCAUAGAUGAUUGGGAUUUAAACCACGAAUACGUUGAUGAAGAAGGUAAAUUAGUUAAGUUAAGCGGAUAUGUUUUUCAAAAUAUUGUGAAUUCAGAUUCUAUGCCUACUACAAAUAUUACUGAUUGGAAAUUAAAAGGUUCAUGUGAUUAUGAUAAAUAUGUAUGUGGUGCUCUGAAUUACAUGAACAAUUUGUACAGUAAAGGUGAAAGAGUUAUAUAUGAAGGUAAAAUAUAUGAAGCUACAAGUGACGCUUAUGAGUCUCCUAAAGAUAAGGAAAAUAUAUGGGUAGACAAAACAAGUGAUUGCUAUAAUUUUUAA